AGCGCAUCUACUUAGUGAAAGGAUAGAAAAACGAUUCUCUUUUAUGCCAAACUAAGAAAAGAGUUAUUAUUUUCAGUUUUAUAAGGUAUAUCUACGGCGUGGGCAUCCUGAAUGGUGAAAAGAAGAUUAUUUAGGAAAGAGCUGUCGUUUCCAAGUCUCGCCUUGGCUCGGACCAGAGACUCGUGACAGCAUCCCGCAUGUGGUUUAUCCGUCCCCUUUGCAAACAUCCCGCCUGGCUGGGAUUAGGCCUUUUGCUGUCGUUACUUAGCGUGGGACUAGGAGCCGGACAAGGUGGCUUAAGUUUUACUGACAUCCUUCCCGAAAAUUCGAAAAUGUACGACAAAAUGAAACCACCGAAGAAAGAUGGUAAACCUACAAGGGUGCUCUUCCAUGUUACUGUAAUGGGUCUUGAUUCCAUCAAUGAAGGCUCCAUGACAUAUGCAGCUGAUAUAUUUUUUGCUCAGAAGUGGAAAGAUCACCGUUUGCGAUUACCAGAAAACAUGACUUCCGAAUAUCGUCUUCUGGAAGUACAGUGGUUGCAAAAUAUGUGGAGACCGGAUUCAUAUUUCAAGAAUGCCAAAGCAGUCACAUUUCAGACGAUGACAAUACCCAAUCAUUACGUUUGGCUUUACCAUAACAAAGAUAUUCUAUACAUGGUCAAGCUCACACUUACGCUAUCAUGUGCGAUGAAUUUUGCAAGCUAUCCUCAUGAUACACAAACUUGUUCUUUACAGAUGGAAAGUUUGUCCUACACAACCGACGAUCUCAUAUUUGGUUGGGAUAAUGAUACUCCCUUGGCCGUAGACGACAAUAUCGAGCUUCCUCAACUGGAUUUAGUAACAACAGAACGAGGUGAUUGUACUCAAGUUUAUUCCACAGGUAACUUCACAUGCUUACAAGUAAUUUUUACUUUGAAGAGAAGACUCGGGUAUUACUUAUUUCAUACGUACAUUCCUACAUGUCUCAUCGUUAUUAUGUCUUGGGUGUCCUUCUGGAUAAAGCCUGAAGCUGUUCCAGCUAGAGUGACUUUGGGAGUGACUAGUUUGCUUACACUUUCUACUCAACAUGCGAAGAGCCAGGCUUCUUUACCUCCCGUUUCUUAUAUAAAAGCCAUCGAUAUUUUCAUGUCAAGCUGUACAGUAUUUGUCUUCUUGUCCCUCAUGGAAUACGCUGUUGUUAAUGUAGUACUCGAAGAAGAAGAAAGCUCACAAAAGAAAACAAAUAACGAAAGUAUGAGGAUCUACAACCUGCAGCCGAAGUUACCAGGCCUUUCACCCGCUCAAAGGCGUAGGAGGAGAGCUAUAAUGAUUGAUCGAGCGUCAAGAGUAUUUUUCCCAUUAAGUUUUAUCAUACUAAAUAUCUCUUAUUGGGUCUACUACGUUGGUUUGCUGUAGGAAAAAGUGAAUACUUGAAACAGAAGGAGUAAUUUAGUUGACAUUUAUUUGAAUGACAUUGAAGUGCUUCGACAGCUACAUGUAUGCAAAAAUUUUGGAUUCUCAUCAGCUUCCAAAGUUGAGGAAAACACAAAUCAUGAAAUUAUCUAGCGUUUAGAAUUUAUGGAUUGUGCUAAUGCUAGAUUUGGUUUCGAAAUGUAACAGUACGCAAAGCAUCAGUAUUGUGUUUGUAGAAAAAAUACUUCAUACAUUGGAGAGGCAAUAAAAUCAGCUGAAAAAUAGCAAAGCAGCUAGAAGCGUGAUUGAUUGAACGAAAAUAAAUAAGCCAGCAAUUUUAUGCGUACUUCCAUCAUUUCGUCGGAAUACUUUCAAAACAUACAAAAUCACUCGUUAACAUAAUCAGGCAAUCUGCAAAUGGAAUUUAAAUGCUUGUAGUAAUUCCCUCUGCUACGUGAAGAACAAAUAAUGCUAAAUCUCAUUUCAAUCCGUUGUAAACAUGCGAGUUAUUUAAAAAUCAAUAGCUUCACAAACACAGCAUCGUAUAUAAAGGAAGUUUUAUUCAAAGGUUACAAAAUCACAACUGUUUAUUUUUGAAAUUUUUUUGCGAAACCUUCAUUAAUAAUUCGCGUUUAAAAAUUAUUUUUAUAAAGUUGAAUAUUUUUCUGUAAUGCCCAUUGCACUUGGUAGCUUCUCCUGGUAUAUAAAAGAAUUGUCUACAUGAAUGUUCUGGUUCCCACGAACCAUCAGUUAAAAGAUGAAUAUUGACCAAAUUUUUUGCACAGAAAAAAAAUGCGAUGAAAUAUAUCCAAUUUUGAAGAAUUAAGAUAACUUCUUACGCAUUUGAUGAUUCAAUCAUAUAUAUAAUGUCAGCUUCCUAGGGUGAUCAUUCAAAAAUCUUAAUCUUCUGUGAAAGUAGUUAAUUAUGAUCUAUUACAAAAACUAAGAAGCACCGGUGCCGAGAUCCGGCCUAAUUUAAGCUCUGAUCGUGGGAGAAGUUCUUUUAUCUUCACAAAAAAUAAACAUACUUAAAGUAUAGCUGAUGAAAAUUCCAGGCGAAACAGAAUGGGGUUAUGAGUGGGUGGAAACAAAAUGAGAGGAAUUUUGGUGAGAGAAAACGUUCUCUUUGAUCGCGGCUCUCUGGUGAUAUAAUUAUAGCCAUCAAGCGGAUGUAUCAGGGGUAAAAUGAGUCCUGAAUCUGACUCCUAAGGAUGAAUGUACAGUUGCUGGUUACGCUUUGCCCCUUUAGUGGAUACUGUGGGAAGAUGAUGUAUAGGACGUACUUGAGCAGUUUAUCACAAUAUUUCACUCUUAUUGUACUCGCUGUCACUUCACAGACAUUUAAAAACACAAAUUUUUCUUCCUGCAAGGAUAACUAACUGUAAGCAUCGAUAACAAUACACUAGAUACGAUGGCAUGGCGAGAAAUUUAAGCGUUCAUAAACAAAAUACCCUAAAUUUAUUGCCCUUCUUAAAGGGAAAGGUUUCCGCAUGUGAGUGAGGGGACUUUAUUUGAACGUCUCAUGUUCUCAUGAUUUCGUAGUUCUAGGGAAAUAAGAGUAUUGCAAAGUCUGCUUAUUGUUAAACUAAAACGUUAGGAAUUCUAAAAUUUGUUCCCUUUAAAUUGUGGUUCAGUUUUAUAAAAAGAAGAACCGGAGCUCAUCUUAUUUAGUAGUUUACUAGACCUUUGAGUAAUUUUGGUGGCCUCAUAAUAUGAGUCAUUGAGACAUGUUGUAAAAACAUGGAUUUCCUAGUCAAUCUCAGAUGGACUUUUCAUUACCCCUAAUCUAGGGAGUCUCAUUUUCACAACAUUGUGGUAAAUCCGCUAGUCAGUGUAUGUCUUAAUAUUAGAGUAGUUAAUACUAGUGACCCCCAGUGUAGAUACAGCAGGAGUAUGGCCUGAUCUUAAGUUCUCUUGAACAUUCAGCACCAUGUUGAUUGCAGUAUUAGACAAAAUGAUGUCCAAGAUAUCUGGCAUAUAUCCAAUGCUGCUUGGUCUGAAGGUUGAGUACAUCAAGUACAAAAAUACUAUUAUAAUUGGUGCUGUGGCAGCCCCACCAUUAUAAUUGGUGUUUACUAUUAAGACAGUAGCGGUUGCUACAUCAUAUGCAUUAUUUUUCUGGUUUAAGAAUAACUUUACGCUACUAAAUUUAAAAGAAAACAAUUUAUUAUUCACUAUUUAAAGAUGUUCUUUUUUUUAAACAUCAUUCUACUAUUUUCGUUUCUACUGUUGCCACUCACAGCCUACAUAAAUUUGUACAAAAGAAAAGAUUAUAUACGAUUUGUAGAGGUUACAAGAUCACCACCUACAAUUAUCUUUGAGGAAUCAGGAAUAAUCAGUCGGGGGGUUGUAGAUUGCUGCAAACAAGGUAUCUCCAAUCUUUGGCAGGUGAAUAGAAGCUACCACAAGUUCAUAGCCCUUGUGUCUGUCCGUGGAAAUGAAGCAUGACGAAUAUUUACAUGGAACUUAAAUGAUUGCUCCUCCUCUGUGAUGUAACCGAUCACAUCGAUCAGUCCUACAGUUUUGAAGCUAACUCUGUCUCCUGGGGUGGUAUGCGUCUCGGAGAUCAGGCAAAUAUCAAUGUCAUUGUCAUACAUAGAGUCUUCUAAUUCAUCUUUCUUAUCUCUAAGAUUGUUAGCGUUCCACACAAACAUUUUUAACUGGCCUGAAAGCACUGGUGUGCCUAUCCAUGGUUGGGCUUGGUGGCCACGUUGGAACAGCUAGCAGUUGCGCUAGAAGUUUAAUUGCAAAAUUCCGGAGGCUUUAAUUGCCUCAAUUAGGUUUUUAGUCCUUCAAAAAUAAAAUAGUUCUAGUUUCAUUUAUAUUCCUAUUUUGCUCGCUCACUGCAGCUGUUUUAUUGGUAAUUACCCUAUCGCUGAAUUUCUCCAUAGGCGGGUUUUGUGCACUGGCCUUAAAGAAAUUCGGGCAACCUUUGUUGUUACUUGUAUGAUCCAUUUGGCAAUUUAUACACUUGGGUGUCUCUUCUCUUAAUUUAGGGCAGUGAAUAAUGAUCUCCAGCACAUUUCAUGCAUACACCCUCCCUGAGAAUAAUGAAAUGCCUGACACCAAAAGCACUGUAAAGAGAGGGACAACUUGGUGGAGGAUCUUUUAAAGGAAAACUGGCUAAAAGUCACACAUCGGGAAAAACCAUGAAAAACAAUCAUACAACCAGCAGGCUGACCUGGGAUUGAAGUAUCAGUAUUUUAAGUUCUCAAUCCUUCAGCCACCGAUACGGCCCACUAAAGAUAAAGAACAUGACCACAUUCUUGACAAUUGUUUUUGCAUAAGACUUUUCAUGAUUUUUAUACAUAUUUAACAUUAUAAAAGGACAUUACUCAUAAAUGUAAGGAAUUCAAUCAUUUAAUAAAUUCAUUUAUAGGUAUUUCUCAAUAACAGUUUAAAAAAUAUUUUAUAGCAUAAGCUAGAUAAACAAAAUAUCUUUCUGGUAUCUUCAGUGAUUAUUUUCUAAUUUCCUAUAAAAAUACCUACGUAUAUCAACUGCAAAAUUUUUUAUUCUCUCUCAUCAACAAUGAAAAUAAAAUCUGAUAGCAAUGAUAAAAUCUUGCAACAACAUAGAUUAUGCAAGUCCUUCCAUAUAGUUUGAAUUUUAUUUUAAAGGUAACAUACAUUUUUUAUAUCUUGGUAUUCUUUCAUUCACACUAUUUUCUACUCAGAAAGCAUUACAGAAACAAACACUACAGCUUUUAAAAUUGGAAUUCUUUUACAGCUGAAUUUUAGUUUCAUUAUCAACAGUAAGGAUUUAGUUUUAUGAGUUGACAACAUCAAUUUUUUGUUGUUUAAGAAGAAAAUAGCAGUCCUUAAAUAUAAAUCUUUUUAAUUUUUAUAAUUUUUUGAAAAUGUUUAAUGGUAAGUAAGCUCUUUUCUGAAGUGCUGGACACAAUUUAAAAAUCUGAGACAAUUAAUUUCUUAAAAUUAUUUUCUCAGAAAUAUUGAACUAAUGAUGGUUAUCACAGAGUUAACUUAUUUCCUUUCGGGAAAUUCUGAGAUAAAUUAAUUAUUUUUGACAGAUAAAGUAAAAUUAUGAAGUCUGCAAAGGCCUGAAUUUCAAGUUGGCCACUUUAAAAAAAUCUACUAAUUUUAUAUGCUAAAAAAACUUCUCCACAGGGAUGUGGACAUUCAAAUCACCAUGCACUUUGUUAUAGAAAUAACUUUUUUUAAUAAGUGCCUCUGAAAGGAUUCAAUACCAGUAUCUUACAUUAUAUUCGUAAUAUAUGAUAUACAAUAUAAAACUUUAAUGUGACAAAUGAUAAUUUGAUGCAAGUUGCAACUAUAUAUAUUUAUAUGCUUAUAAAUAUUAUUUAUCUCAGCAUUUUUCACUCAUUCAACAACUGUUUGAUAUUAACAAAGAGCAUACUUUAACCAAAUACCUGAAGAGGGAUGAACUGUACAUAAAAUGUUCUAAUUCCUUUUGUUACCUGAGAAUAUUCUAAUAUAAAACUGUAAAGUCUGAACAAAAUAAAAUGUAGUUGUACUUAUGCUAAAACAAGACUUAACUUUGGCAAGAGAAUAUAUUGAUAAUCUGAUAUUAGAAUCUACAAUUAAAUAUUUCUUGAAAAAUAUAUGGUUGAACAUAAAUUUAAUAAUAAUAACUAAUAAUAAUAAUUAUUAUUAGUCCAUAAAACACUAUUAUCCACAAUACAUCAAAUUUAGAUCCAAACCCAUAAUUUUAUUUACACAGUCGAGCCUACUUAAAAUAUUUCAAUUCUAGUCCCAUUUUUACUCUCCCCUGCAAAUACAACUUUUAAUGUAUAAUUAAGCUCAUCCUAAAAUGUUUUUCUGAAUAAGAAAUUAUCAUCUCUUUUAGUGCAAAGUUUUCUACCUUUGAAAUUCUAAUCCAUUUAAGAAAUUUCAAGUGUUUUGUUAAAACUCUUGAAAUGACCAAGUUCUAAAGAAAGUAAAGAACAUGAACUUAACGCUUCUCUCAGCUGCUGCAUAUCAAGAGUAAUGAAAAUAUAAUGACACAAUGCAGUCUCUAUAAUCAUCAGAUUCAAAUAGGAAAAUAUAUAUGCAAAAUUAUUUUAAUAUCAGAUCACAAAGAAGAAACUGAUAUUAGAGAAAUCUGUCAAAGUGAUACUAAAAUGAAUGGAGAUUUUAAAAUUCUACAUAACUGUUUAAUGACCACAACUGUUCUCACCCUGUUACUCAGCAUAAAAAAAAA